AUGAACUGGAUUUCAUGGGGAGAUGUAGAGGAGGAUCUCCUACGGGAGAAAUUACAUCAAUUAAAACGACUGCAGGAGAUAAAGACCAAGGACUUGGUCAUGAAUUAUUUAAUUCAUUUCAUCCUGUUGGUUAAAAAAAUUAUUGCGAAGAGUGAAGAGGAAAAACGAGGGGCAGAACUGAAUGAGGAAAAAAAAAAAAAAAAAAUUAUCCAAGAAAACAUACAUAAGAUAAAGCAAAAAUUAACCGAAAGCAAACAUGGGGCGAAUUUCAAACGGGAGGAAAUAUUGUACGAGCCCGAUGGGUGGAGUACACUUGAUGGUGGGGAUGACCUGAGGGAAAGACUACCGGAUAAGUUAUCCGCGGAAGAGGAAAAGGAUACCGGUCAGGUGGACAAGGGAUGUAACAUUGCCCAAAUAUGCAAGAACCUUACGGAGGGGUUCCACAUGUGCAUUUCUCUUCUACUGAAGGGUAUGAAAGAGUGUAGGGGCAAACCCAUUCCCGAGGAGGGGGAUGGUGGGGGUAGCGAUGGGAAGGUGGACAAAACAGAGCAGAGUGGCGUUAAAAGUAGUGAUAGCCUCAUCAAUAGCGGUUUGCCCUCUUCACGAAGGGAACAGUGGGGUUUCCAUCUCAGCCUUUUGUACCUCGCGCUCUGCUUUUAUCACAUGCACCUCAUAAGUGACAAAAGGGAAAAAUACCACCUACACGUCAGCCUCUUCCUCCUUCUCCUUUCCUUCCCACUAUUUAAGGAUAAAGAAAUUGAGCACUACGUGUGCCUAGAGGGAAAUGUCUACCUCAGGUUCGACGUGUCUGUGCCGACCCUCCUGUCCCAUGUGUGUAAGAUUGUGGGGUUGAAUUGUAAACAGGAAGGGGACACCCUCUCUUGCUUGUUCUUCCUAACACACAGUUUUUUGUUUCUCCAGUGUGCUCACAAGGGAGGAAGUGCACCUGAGGGGAAAGGUGCAAAAACAGGCACGGAUCACAGAGAGGGAGAGAAAAAAAAAUACAACUCCUUCCAAGACAUGAUAAAUAUUAUCCAGGCCAUCAACCAAGUGCUCAUCGAGUUUAACUUCUUCACAGAAUCCACAUUCCUCGUGAUGGGAAGUAUCGAUCUGCACUCCUUCCUCCUGAGGAAUGAAAUAGAGAAGGUGAGGAAACAGUGGAAAUCGAUGCCUCCUAUCAAGAGGGAAGAACCUGUAACGGGAACCCCCAAGGACAAUCCCCCGAAUGGUGAGCUUGUCUACCUGAAUGAGGAGUUAACACAAGAUGACUGCCACUUUUAUAUGAUCCCCAGUUAUGUCGAUACAAAGGAGGAGGGAGAAAAAAGGGUCGACGCACAGAUUGAGAAGAAGAUGGACAAAAUAAUGGAAACAACAACAUCCCUUUUCGACAGCAUAAAUGAAUGCAUGUACCUUUUCAUAGAUUUACACUUCCUUAGCAUUUACGAGCAUCUUGUUUUGUUUUCUCUCUACAUGGCCAAAGAUGUUAGCAAGCUAUUUCAUCAAUUCAAGGGAGAAAAAAAAAAAAAAAAACUUUCACAACGGUACAAGUACAUGGCGUACAGGAACUUGCUCGAGAUUUACAUCAUCUAUUUGAAACACAAUUAUUUGCGUUAUUCGAACAGGGGGGGAGGAGACGACGAUACCUACGUAAGGGCAUGUCAGGUUUAUAGACGCUUGGACGAGGCCAGGCGGACCAUUCGUUCAUUACUUCAAGGGUAUGAUGGCAGAAGCAACACACAUAUGGAUAAUAAUCCAAUCGGGAGAAAAAAAGGGAACGUAGGAAAAAAGGAAAACACGACAACUAGUUGCACACAGGAGAGGGGAUUCCUCACUAGAGAGUACUUCCACAGAAAGAAAAUUUGUAUUCGCGCUAGAGUCAUUGAUCAGGGGGAGGAUGAUAUAGAAGCAAAUUCUUACCUGGAAAGCAUCAUACGGGUGAGUACCCCUGAUGUGAAGACUAUGUCAAAUGAAGAACCCACUCAUUAUUCACGUCGAAAGGAAAUUCCAUCAAAACUAUUUGGAGAUAUUUUCUCCCUCGUCGAAGAUAGUAACAUCGUUUAUCAGUUUAUAUGUGAACAAAUUGCAAAUAGUAAUACUUUCAAUUUCGAUGUGGAUGAAGAGGUGGAGGGAAAACUCAAGCAGAAUGAUUAUGUAUUCCCUAGGUCCAAUGAGCAAAUGACCUUCUCAACUUUCCUCCGGGGUAACAUAAAAAAGAUGGAUGGCUUGGUGGGGGAAAUUUUCUCUUACGUUUGGCAUGAAGCUACACGAAUGGGCGCAUUCCCCUGUACAGUAGCAUCAGAACCAACAACAGCAACCACCACUAGGGCAGUGAAGGGUGACGCCUUCCCCUGGGUAAAGAUUCACCUGGAUGAAGAACAUGCCGAGGAUUUUCUCCAAAUCUUCCACUUUAAAAAAAUUAACCUCCCCCAUAUGCAAUUCGAUGUCUGCAAUUUUUCCCACACAGAGUAUGCUAAGUUAGCCACGGAUAAGAUGAAAAAGAUUUACAGAAAUUUCUCCAAAGGUAGGGCCGAAGAGCAGUCUGAGAAGUGGCACCUUCCUUCUGUGGGGAUCACCCACGGGGGGAAACAAUCCACCUGCAUAGGGUACUGCGAGCAUGCACACUACCUAUGUCACAAUUUUGACGAAGUACAAUUUUUAUUUAAGAAGGUAAAAAAAUAUAAAAAAAAAACGCUCGCAUAUUUCUCUCUAGACAACGAGACAACAUUACACUUAGACAUUCUCCUGAAUUCAAGUGAAUCCUACUUUUACUUUAACUUCUUUACCAAAUCGUAUGAAGAGUAUAUGUACAACUGCAGGCAAAUGUUAAACUGCAUCAGUGCCCCCUUGCCGCAAAUAACAAACCAGCAAUACUUGUCCUUCAGACGGGAGAUGGCUCUCAAAAGCGCACUCAUCUUGAAAGAUAUUUUCAUCUGCUCAAAAUACAACACCUUUAUUGAUAACAUGUACGUGAAUGACCAUAACAAAAACAAGAACCUACAUUUUGAUGAUCACAUCCAGGGACCCCUCACAGGGCAAGAGAAGGGAUUAAUCCUACAGAUUGUGAAAUAUUAUCUCCUCUUUUUGAGUACCUACCAGAUAGGGACAGGGGAGGAGUUCACCAACCCAGCUUCUUUCCAAACUGAGGAGGAAAAAAAAUCCUACUUCGAUAUAUACUUUUACGUGUGCAAAACGCUAUCCACAGUGGAUGACAAAAACUUCAUCGUGCAGGCCAUACAGCAUUACCAGCGUUUGCUCAACUACGCUGCCAAAAAUAAAAUGUAUGCUGACGACGGGUACAACGAGUACAUGCGGGAUGUGUGUAGGAAAUCCAUUUGUGUGUUGCGCGGGAAAAUGCUCGACUUGGCGUAG